ACACUCUGUUCUCACACUCUGCACUGUCCACUGAGUUACACAGCUGUGAAAGGUCUUUACUGGAGAAUGAAAAGUGGAAUUAUGAGCUCUGAAUGUGGGAUGUUAUCACUCAUCACCCUGCUGUGUAUUUCAGCUGCAUGGUGCCACCUACCUGGAGGACAACCCCUCUGGCACAGUGUGCUAGACUAUUAGAAAGGUGGACAGUAAAAGGUAAAGUUAAAGACAGAGGAUGGAAGUUGGCUGUUCAUGAUAAAUGCAAAGCAACAUUAGUCCAGCCCAGAAAAUGGCCGCCCUCAGCCUCAACAGGUUGCGCUUUCAGAGCUGCUUCAUAUUAUUGCUGUCCAUAACCUUCAUUGUGUCUGUCAUUAUCAUUGUGUUUGGCAUCCACUCUGAGUCGUCCACAGUGUGGUUCAGCAACUUUGCCAAGUUAAUCACAUUUCAAAAAGUCAAAAAUCACACACUAAUAAAUAUGACCUCUUUCACAAGACACAACAAUACAGUCUACCAACAGACGUCCGAUGUCGCACACACUGCAGUAACUACAGUGAGCAGACAUAACGUGACAGACAUGCUCAGUAUGGAGUCCAUGACAACUGUUCCAGUGAAAGAAGCAUCAUCCAUCCGUUACCAUGAAGCGUAUCCACACAACUACCGCUUCAUCAUAGACGAGCCCCAUAAGUGUGAACAAGAGAACCCAUUUCUAGUCCUCAUGGUUCCAGUGGCUCCACACCAACUGGAGGCUCGCAACGCCAUCCGGAGCACAUGGGGUAAUGAGAGCAUGGUCCAAAACAAAACCAUCACGGUGAUCUUCUCGCUGGGUCUGCCUGGGAACAAGGCUGAGAAACAACAGGAGGAACUAAGGCUGGAAAGCCAGCAGUACCAUGACCUGGUCCAGAGCGACUUCAUGGACUCGUACCUCAACUUGACGAUAAAGACCAUGGUAAUCAUGGACUGGCUGGCCACACACUGCCCACAGACAUCCUACGCUAUGAAGAUCGACUCUGACAUGUUCUUGAAUCUGGAGAACUUGAUGAACUUGUUGCUGAGACCUGAUACGCCUAAAGAAAACUACAUGACGGGAAAGGUUAUGCGGCACAUACCGGUCAUCCGGAACAAGAACUCCAAGUGGUAUGUGCCAAAAGAAUUAUAUGCUGAAGACUACUACCCAACAUACCUGCUGGGGAUGGGUUAUGUCUUCUCCAAUGACCUUUCAGAGAAGAUUGUUGAGGUUUCGAAAGAAAUAAAGCCAUUUAACAUAGAAGAUGCAUACGUGGGUGCCUGUCUGAAACGAAUAAGAAUUUCACCUUCAACUCCUCCCAAACCCUCCCAGUUUAAGGACCAUUUAAGGGGUAAGUUUAAACGAGAAGAGUUUGCCAGUGUGAUCACCACCAUCCUUAACUCCCCACAGCAGCUGAUCACAUUCUGGCAGGACCUAAAGAGGCCUACAUGAAGGACUUGGAGGAAAAAGACUCAAAACUGAUGAUAUUUGGGAUGUGAUUGCCUGACAUUUUCUUACAAUGCUUUUGGGUUAACUGUCUGGAAAACUCCUCUAUUUUCUCCCAGUUUAAUCAGAACUGAAAAAUAAAUAAAUGCUGCUUGCAGAAGACUGAUACCUGAUAGAA